CGACGAUUCUUGAUAAUGUCUUGUCGAUGGUCUUUCAGGAUGGUUCAGUAAGAAAUUAUAUUACAUUCCACGAAAAAAACGGUAAUCGGAAUAUGGAGAAGUUAAUCCAAGAUGUAUAUUGUGUACAGCCGGGAUUUUUAACCGGGUUCGAUAACCUCGAAUCACAACGUGGUACAACGUAUCAAUCAUCACUUUCCUCGUAACGAUAAAAGAUAUUUAUUAAUGAUGUUAUGCGGAAGACGUUAUAUAUUAAGGUACUUUCGACCCUUCGUGAGAUUUUAUCACGAAGAGGCGUCUGUCAUCGGCAGUGCGGCGGACACCAAUUUACCAGUUUAUCAGGAGAAUUAUGUGCAAAUGAAAAACCUUGUUGAUCAAUUGAAAAACACUAUAGAGAAGAUAGUUGAGGGUGGUGGACAGAAAGCCAAGGAUAGACAUGUAAGCAAAGGAAAACUCUUACCUCGGGAACGAAUAAACACUCUUUUAGAUAAAAAUUCACCUUUCUUAGAAUUCUCGCAAUUGGCAGGUUAUAAAAUGUAUGAUAAGGAAGAAGUGCCAGCAGGUGGAAUUAUUACUGGCAUUGGAAGAGUGGAAGGAAUGGAAUGUAUGAUAAUUGCAAAUGAUGCUACUGUAAAAGGUGGUACAUAUUAUCCUAUCUCUGUCAAGAAGCAUCUACGAGCUCAGGAAAUUGCAGAGGAAAAUAGAUUACCUUGUAUAUAUCUAGUUGAUAGUGGAGGUGCGAAUUUACCCAGACAGGCUGAUGUAUUUCCUGAUAAAAUACAUUUUGGCAGAGUUUUUUAUAAUCAAGCAAACAUGAGUGCCAAAGGAAUAGCCCAAAUUGCAGUGGUCUUGGGAAGCUGCACAGCAGGUGGUGCAUAUGUUCCUGCAAUGGCUGAUGAAAAUAUUAUUGUUGGCAAUCAAGGUACAAUAUUUCUUGCUGGCCCACCAUUAGUAAGGGCUUCAACUGGUGAAGAGGUUUCAGCGGAGGACUUGGGUGGAGCCGCGCUUCAUUGUCGACAGUCUGGUGUAACCGAUCAUUAUGCGAUAGAUGAUACGCAUGCUUUGUAUCUUGCGCGUAGAAUUGUGAAAGAUUUAAAUUUACAACCACCUAUGGAUGUAAAAAUUGAUAAAAACAUCGAGCUGCCCGUGCACGCGGUCGAUGAGAUCUAUGGGAUCGUUGGGACGAAUCUAAAACGUCCGUAUGAUGUAAAGGAAGUUAUCGCAAGAAUUGUAGACGGGUCGAAAUUUCAUGAAUUUAAAGCUCAAUAUGGUGAAACGUUAGUCACUGGAUUUGCUAAAAUUUACGGUUAUCCUGUUGGAAUAGUCGCGAACAACGGUGUAUUGUUCUCAGAAAGUGCUUUAAAAGGAGCUCAUUUUGUGCAACUUUGUGCUCAAAGAAAAAUUCCUCUUAUUUUUUUGCAAAAUAUUACUGGAUUUAUGGUAGGUAAAGAUGCUGAAUCGGGAGGUAUUGCCAAAAAUGGUGCUAAAAUGGUAACAGCAGUAGCAUGUGCACAAGUACCGAAAAUUACGGUGAUAAUUGGAGGUUCAUAUGGAGCUGGAAACUAUGGGAUGUGUGGUCGAGCUUAUUCUCCGCGUUUUUCUUUAUUCCCUGGCCGAACGCUAGAAUAUCCGUUAAUGGGAGGAGAACAAGCAGCGGGCGUGUUAGCACAAAUCUCGAAAGACCAACGUAUUAGAGAAGGCAAAACAGGUAUAGAGAAGAAGAAGAAAAUACUCAAAAAUCCGAUUAUAAAACAGUUUGAGAAGGAAGGCACUCCAUAUUAUUCUAGUGCUAGAUUGUGGGAUGAUGGUGUAAUCGAUCCAGUGGAUACACGAGUCGUACUCGGCUUGAGUUUGUCUGCGAGUUUGAACGCACCUAUACCUGACAGUAAAUUUGGAAUUUUCCGAAUGUAAUUUUAUGAAAAUGUAUGAAAAAAUAUGUGAAAGUGUCUUGAAAGUAUCUCAUUGUUAAAUUUUAUAUGUUUUUUUAUGGUACAUAUAUAUCACAAAAAUUAUAUUUUAUAGAAGAAAUAUUUUUCUAUUGGUGUUAUACAUUCCAAAUAUACAUUUUGUUAUAUUUUAUUGAUGAUAUAUAAUUUCAUAAUUCCUUCCACACACACAAAUGUAUCUACUUAACUAUAUUAUUAAUAAACGUAAGCGUAAUAAGCAUUAUAUUUUAG